UUCUAGACACGUAGCAAAAGAAGCGUGAUUUUUAACGUAUAUUAAAUUGCAAAUUAGUUGUGAAGGAUGACUAAGAAGUUAUAUUCAGAAUUGUUUUAAAUUUAAAGACUCUUUCGAAGAAAAUGCACUUUUCUGUGCCAGAUACGCAGGAAUUUUUGGAUGAAGCUGGAAAUACCUACUUAGGGUAUAAUAUUCACAUCAACGGAUUAUUUCACUGUACAGUGAGAUACAAACAACUGCAUAAUUUACACGAGCAGUUAGAAAAGGAUUAUGACAUUCCUUUACCUUCUUUUCCACCGAAGAAAUUUUUCCCUUUAACCAACUGUCAGCAGGAGGAUCGCCGAAUCGCAUUAGAGAAAUACAUACAAACAAUAGGACAGAACACUACAAUCAACAAUUCGUCGUUAUUAAAUGGAUUUUUGCUCAACGCUCAAUUGGAAACAGACGGAUGUAAAUUGGAAACUGAGAACUUUGAUAUUUAUCUCUACAAUGGGUGUAAAGUUACCCUUGUAAUUUCAAAUGCAGAACAUUCUGGUCAGAUUUUGAAAAAAAUAUGCAGACACAUAAAAUUGCCCGAACGGUAUGACUCCUAUUUUUCACUCUUUAUUCUUCUGCAAGAUAACGAUGGUGGCACCAAUAUUAUCCGGAAACUUCAAAAUUUCGAAUCCCCUUCCAUAAUACAGAAAAAUAUACAAAAAACUGGAACCAAGAUUAUCCUUGGAAAAUGGUACUGGGACAUUGGUUACGAUCUCGAAUUGAUGCACGAUCCGGUAGCUCUUAAUUUAUUGUAUAUACAAACAUCGGCAGAAAUUGAACGAAGCUGGAUUGUUCUUUCGAAAAAAACCAAGGAUCAACUGGAUGCUCUAUGCCAACGUAGUAAAAGAAAGGAGGUGAUUAUUUUACCAUUCUUAUGGUUUUUGAAUAAUUUUUAUCUCUUGCAAGGUGUGUAG